AUGACAGCUCGACCAAGGGGAAUAACGCUGAUCAUUAAUAACGCAUCUUUUGCUCAUCACCCUAAACAUGGACAACAGUCACCUCGUCACGGGUCGAAAGAAGAUGUUCGUCAAGUUGAAGCGUUGUUUACUGCUCUCGAUUUUUCAGUACGAACGAAAGAGAACCUUUCAAGACUACAACUCUUAGACGAACUUUACUACAUCGCCCGUGAGGAUCACAGUGCUUAUGAUUGUUUUGUGCUGUGGCUCAUGAGUCAUGGCAGGAGUGGUGAGGUGUUCUGUUCUGACGGUGACACGAUACCUAUUCAGACUCUUCAUGAUAUGUUCAGCAAUUGCGAUACGCUAAGCGGAAAGCCAAAGCUGUUUUUCAUCCAGGCAUGCAGAGGUGAGGGAGAAGACGAGGGGGUGUCUGUUGCCGCUAAUACCACUAUUUCAUCUUACGAACUGCUUGGUCCCAACCAAGUUGAUUCCCCCAUCGACGCAGUGAAGAAACCUGCAUCCAAAGUACCCACACAUGCAGAUUUUCUGUACGCAUUUUCCACAGUCGAUAAGUAUGUAUCGUACAGGCAUGAGGCUCUUGGAAGCUUCUAUGUUCGC